AUGGCGAGCAUUGCCCGAUCUUCCCGACGACCCAGAUUUACUUCCCGGCACCCACAGAGGGGGCUCGCCACUGUCUGUUCCUCCAGUUCAGGGAUCCGACGCCAUGUCUGGCUUCACCCGGCACGGCACGCACGUUGCACUCAGACUGACGUGCAGGAAACAUCCACGAGGAACAAUAAUUUGAAAGUUCCUAGUACAGUGGAUUCUGCAGAUGCUGAGCGUGGAAGAACAGCGAGUCAAGGUGAUUUUUUUGAGCGGCUGCCUACAGAGGUCACUGGUAAAAUCUUCAGCCAGCUAGACAUACAGAGUCUAUGCAGAGCAUCUGAGACAUGCAGGCGUUGGAAUCUCAUAAUAAGGAACAGUGAUGAGAUAUGGAAAUCUCACUGCUUGACUGCAAGAGCUGUGUGCCAAAGAGAAAUAGAUGAUGACAGAGAAAAUCGUUAUACCUGGAGGGAAAUAUUCCUUAGAAAUUACCAGAAGAGUAAAGUGAAACGUGAGUGGCUAAGUGGCAGAUACAGCAAUAUCCGUUCUCCCGAGAACCUGCCAGAAAAACUUAUGUGCCCAAUGGACGCAGAUACAUGGGGGGAAAUUCUAGAAGCAGAACUGAAAAGAGAAGCUGAAAAAUCUCAGUAG